UAUGUUUAGUAGUGUUGAAUCGAAAGUGUCGGCGGCUCUGUUUUUCCGCCACAACCGUGCACUAGUGUAGUGAGCGGAUGCAGUUCCUACAGUGAUCGUGUUCCGUGCAGAUAAUAAUGCAUCAGCUGACCAACAGAGCUCAGGAACAUUACCGUUUUUAGAACCAGACAGAACUGCGCCCACGUUGGACAUUUUCUUCGCCACCGGAAUUGUACCAGGAUGACUAAGGAUUCGCAAAUAAGCAGCUGCGAUCGUUGCCCAAGGCUAGUGGCUUUUGGUAAUGUGCUGCUGGAUAUUAGCGUAGAACUGCAUGACAGCAAAAUUCUCAAGGAUUUCGAUCUGAAGGAAGAUGACCAACGGGAAAUUCCAGCGGAGAAGCUGGCUCGAUUGGGGGCUGUUGCCGUGGAGACAUGCGGCAAACCGAAAUACAAUCCUGGCGGAUCGGCCCUGAACACGUGCCGAAUUUUGCGCGCAUUAGGCGAAAAGAACGUGAUUUUCUGCGGUGCUGUUGGAGCAGACGAGAAUGGAGAAAUUUUAACGCAAAUUUUAAAGGACACUUCAUUGUCCACUUGUAUCCAAACAUUGCCGGAAUAUUCAACCGGCACUUGCAUCUGUCUUAUCAGUGGUGAUAAACGAAGCCUUAACGCAAACAUUGGAGCUUCGUUGCAUUUCAAGAAAGAGUUUGUAAUGUCACGUUGGUGUCAAAGCAAGAUAGGUAGCUGCACGUCAGCAGCACAUGCCGACGUCGAUGAGGAAGUUCGCAUUUUCUACGUCGAAGGGUACUUUGUGCCGGAAAAAUUUUUCAUUUGCAAGCACAUCUACGAAAAGUACUGCAAGGGUACUCCAAACCUUUUCGUUACCAAUCUGAAUGCAAGCUAUAUUCUGCAGAACUAUACUAAAGAAAUGCAAUAUCUGGUUGAACAGGCCGAUUUGGUUUUUGGCAAUCUGACCGAAUUUGUGUCGCUGGCUGAGAUCUACGAGUGUGACACCGUAGACGAUUUGGCUAAACGUCUAAUUCGAAAGUAUUUGAAAAUCAAUCGAGAGAAGAUUCUCGUCGCCACCGACGGUUCCCGAUGCGUUCGAUUCUAUCACGGCAACGGCAGUGCAUUCUAUGCAGAGUCCUACCAGGUUCCGAUAAUUCCCAAAAAGGCCGUGAUUGACACGACUGGUGCCGGUGACUCUUUCGUCGCUGGAUUUUUGUACAAAUACAUGCACGGAGAAUCUCCCACGCUGUUGGACUGCAUUCGGUAUGGUAGCAAAGUGGCCGCCAAAGUAAUUCGACAGGUAGGCUGCAAUCUGCCCUCAUCGCUACCGUCUUCGCCAGUGAGCGUCAUGGUGCCGCCAGCUGUAGAAGAAGCAGAAACGAAACUCGCUUAAACUUGCCGAGCUACUUUAAUCUUUCUACAUCCUUUAAGUAUCUUAUUGCCCUGGGAAAGGUGUACUUAUAGUGUAUUAUUUAGUUCCUAAGAGUUAACGGUGUUGUGUGUAAUUUCAUCGAUCUGAUGUUGUAAGGAAGGUUAUAGUGCGAUCUCAUUUUAAUCAUCUUUAGUUCUAGCGCAGCACAACAGCGGUUCUGCUAAAUACACAAAAUUUGGAAUAGGUUUAUAGGUCCAAAUUUCAUGACAUUUUAAUGCCGUUUCGUUAUCAACGUUUAUAAGCCUCAAAUAUGCAAUCACUGGUAAGCAAGCCACACUCGUUUCAUUACAUCAUCAAAAUAUUUAAUACAUAUGGCUGUUGAUUACAUACAUGGUAAACAAAGUAUACAUAAAU